CAAUUCACUCCGCCACGCCUGUCGUCGGCACUUGGCUUUCUUGUCGUUGUUUCCCUUUGAAAGGGGAACCCAAGGAUAAGAGACGUUUUCAUGGAUGAAUUGCGACAACAAUGGGAGUAAUGAAGUUUGAGGAUCUGCUGAACAUUGCAAAUUCAGAUUGGUUCUAUGCGAUACUAUGUAGGCUAAAUUUUUUUGUAAUCAGUACUUUCACCACUGAGGAAAAACUUCGUCAAUUGCAGAUGCAGCUUCAACAAACUUAAUGUAUGACCAUGGAUCAUGAAGAGGUGCUCUCGGAUCUGGACCAGAUUUCUGUGCGGCUUCAGGAGGAUGGCUUGCCUCCAGCAGCCAGUGCAGAAGAGCGGCAGCGUCAUCUCUGGCAGCAGCUGCUCAGAGGUGAGGCUCAGCUUCGGUCAGCUACCCAGGAGCUGCGGACCUUGCGUACCCAGCAGGCCAAUGAGAUGAAGGAGGUGGAAAGCUAUGUUGCACAUAUUCGUGGGCUGCUGGAAGAGCGCGAGUGUCUGACUGCAGAGUAUGAGAGAGACAAUGAACACUUGCGACACGAGCUUCACCAGAUCAGACAACAGCAAGAGAGUCAGAGCAAAGAGCUGGCAGAGAUGCUGGCUCAGGAGGACCUCGGGGAGAUGGGCUUGAGCAGCCCCAGUGAGCAGGUGGCUUACUUGCUAGUCGAGAGGGCCACACUGCUGGAAAGGCUGGAGGCUGCUGAAAGUAGACUGGAAAGUCAGAGCCUCACUGGCAGCUUGAGGGAGGGCCACCACCAGGAGCAUAUUGGGGAGGAUCUAAAGCAGCAGAGGGAAGAUAUGCAGGAAAGCAUAGAUAACAUGACAAAGUGUUCAUCCCAGAGUCCGUGGAAGAAGCUGUUUGGGCUGCGCAGGGCUGGUCAGAGCAAACACAAUAUUACGCCCGCCCACAGUGAGGAGAUUUCCCAGGAGCGAAAUGAGCGCCAGCGGCUGGAGCGGGACCUGGAAGAGGCGUCUAGGAGGCUGGCGAUGGCUCAUCAGGAUAUGCGCAGACUCACUAGUGAGCUGGAUGUUGCCAAAAACAACAACCUAGACUCAAGUGAUAUGAAGAAACUGCAGCAAGCCAAAGAGCAAAAUGACAGACUAGACGCUGAGAACAGAGCUCUGAGGGAGAGAGUGCGCACUAUAGAAUCUGAGAAGAAAAAUCUCCUAGAACAGCAGGCAAUGAAUGACACAGACCAAGGUAUUGUAGCUGAUCGAAAGGACAAGGGCAUUAGCAGUGAACCACAAAAUAGUCUCACUGCUUUGACAGCUCAAGAUAAGGAUCACAUUCACAAACGGUGUCAGGAGGCAAUAGAAGAUGGGCUUGUGCAGGUGAGGGAGCUGCAGCGACAACUCCAGAGACUACGCAAGGAACAAGAAGAGCUGGAGGAGAGGAAUGAGGAGCUCGAGGCCCUCCUGGGGGAGGCCCAGAAUGCCAGCAAGGAGGAGAAUCAUCGCCAUGAGGGAGAAUUAGAGGGAUUGCACAGGAGGAUCAAAAGCCUGGAGGCAGAGCUGAAGAAACAGGAUGCCCAUGAAAAAACGAUGAAGAAUGGAGAAGAGGUCAGACCCACUGAGUCUUACUUAAAGCUGCACCUAAGAGACAGCAGCCAGGAGAGAAUGGCUCUGCUAGAGGCACGACUGACAGAGGAGAAGGACUGGAGGAAACAGUUGGAGGUUGACCUCAGUGCUGCCCAGGCCGCCCUCAAAAAAGACAAAGAGGCUUUGCAGAUAGGUGAACGAGAGCUGAAGAAGCUGAGAAUGGAGGUCAACAGCCUACAGACAGAAUGCCAACAAGGGAAAACGCUCAUCAAGAGCCUCACCCAAGUAAAAGGGGAAAAAGCAGUUCUUGAGGAAAAGAUGGCCCAGAUGGAGCGCGCCCACAGCCGACUCCAAAGUGAGCUGGAAUGCUAUAAGGGCAGUAACCGGACCCAGGAAGACCAGAGGGAAAACAGGCUUCAGGUUGACCAGCUGCAGGAGCAGGCUGACCGUCUGACUGCUGAACUCAGCAGCCUCCAGACAGCACACAACUCACUGAGGGGUGAAAUGGUUUCGGAGCGGCUGCAGACUGCCGAUCUCCAGGCCAAGCUGAGCUCCAGUGUCCAGGAGAAGCUGGCAGCUGAAGGAGAAAGAGAGAGACUGGAGCUUGAGAUACAGCGCCUCAACGAGCAGCUCAAGUGGCAUCAAGAGCAGCUCUCCUCUACAAAGGAAGCACUUAGUAGCAGCCAGAAACUUGAACUGCACACAGCUAACAUAGAAUCUAGGCUUAGUCCAGUGGAGAGAACCAAGGAUGAAAGCUUGGAUCAGCUUUCACUUCUGAAACAGGAGCUGAAUCAUCUGCAGAACAAGCUGGGGGAGGAGCAGCAGCUGGCCUUUCAGCACCAGCUAGCCCUGCAAGCUCAGGUCACUGAGUCCCAGGCACACAUCAAGUCCCAGGACUCAGUGCUGAGCCAGAAGGCAGAGGAGGCUAAACAGAUGAAGCAGGACCUGCAGAGGGCCCAGAGCCUUUUCAGCUCAGCAGAGAGAGAGCUGCGUUAUGAGAAAGAGAAGAACAUGGACCUGAAGAGACACAACACCCUGCUGGACCAGGAAAAACUCAAGCUUUGUGCAGAGCUUAAGCAGGUCCAAACCAAGCUCGUCCAGGUGGAGCAGACUGUCCAUACUCAGGUGGCUGAGAGUGAACGUCAGCAACAGAAAAUCAGGGAACUGGAGCUGGAACUGGCACGCAACUCCACAAAUCGCAAUGCCACCACCAGUCUGCAGGAGGACCUGCAGGCUGAGAGGACACGGCUCAUUGCUGCUGACAAAAAGGUGUUGGAGCUGCAGCAGCAGCUUAAGAAUGCCCAGCACCAGCUGCGUGUGGAGGAAGCUCGGGCCGGCGAGAGCAGCCGCCUGGAGCGGGACAGCAGGGAUCUGUCUGACACCUUGUCAGCCCUGAGAGCCCAGCAGCAGGAGGAGCACAUCACCAGGAAACUGCUAGAGCAGCGUGAGGAGGAGCUGCAGCAGCAGGUGCGCUCCCUGAGGCUGAAGGAGGCCUCCCUGACCAGGACCAACACAGAGCUAAGCCACCGUGCCCAGCAGCUGGACACACGUCUGGCCAUCCUGGAGGCUGAGCUUAGCAAGGCCAGAGAGGAGGUAGGAGACAGCCAGAAGUCAAGCCACAGAGUGCAGGAGGAACUGGCGGCCAGUCAGCAGGAGUUUGACAGAAUGCAGGGGGAGCUGCAGCAGGUUCUCCUCCAACAUGACACGCACGUCAGGAAGUACAACGAAAAGCAGAGUCAGCACAAGACCAAGCUGCGUCAGGCCAAGCAGCUCUUUCUCAAGGCGACAGCACAGAGGGACCGCACCAUCCAGAAACUUGAGAACGACCUGGUGCUAGCCUCCAAUCUCUCACACAAGGAGAAGGAAAGGAUCCAUACAGUGAUGGAGGAAAAUGAGAAGCUUUUGGAGGAGAAGAGGGAACUGUUGAGGAAGAUAAGUGAGGCAGAAGAAAUGGGUAGCAAAGGCAUGAGGACUGCCGCAACUGUUCAGCACAGGGUCAACGUCUUAGAAGUGGAAAACAGACAGCUACAGGAUCGGACCCUGAAGCUCUCCAAUCAAGUUCGUUCCUUAGAGCGCGCUCUGAGGAAUGUCCAGUCGUUCUACAGCCUGGAGAAUGCCAAGAAAGUGCACCCCUCUGAAAGUCUAUGUGAUGGUAUCCUACAUACAUCUGCGCUAAGUUUGACGUCAGGUUCCUGUGACCCAAUGGACAUCCUGGACAAAAUCUGCCGGGUGAAGGUGGGCGAACGUGUGGUGGCGGAUGGCACCCGAGCGUCUUCGUCCACGCACCAGCCAUCAGAGCAGGGUUACCUGAAUCUCACCUCCCCAUUGGUUCCUCCAGAGUCCAAGGGCACAGAGGAGAGCUCUAAUAACAGUGACAAGGUAUGAGAUGUGGUACGUUCCAACGCGGUUGUUGCCUUUGCGUUUGUAACAGCAAGCUACCAGCAAGGAUGAGUGCUGUAAGUCAAUGCAUCACUAUACUAGUGAAAAAAUAUGUUGAAUGCAAAUAAUCCUUGUUAAAAGACUGUACUAAUGAAAGGGGGCUUCCACUGCAGUUCUGCUCAGGGUGAUAUCUCUUGUAUUGCAAAGCAGAUUCUUAUUUGGUUUGCAAGUACUGCAUUUUUAUCCAGGUCCAGACUAAGAGUGAAUUUGGGGGAUUGAAAAAGAAAAAAAAAGUGUCAAUCAAUUAUUUUUUUAUGACAUAUUUUAAGGGAAACAGGAUGUAAUGGGAGAUUUGAUUUCAAAGGUAGCUGGCACAACUAUAUGCCUGGGGAGUUGUUCAGUUGUUUCCAUCAACAAACCAAAGCAAAUCAGAAUGCUUCAAAGCGUUGUUGUCUUAUGGGAAAGAUUAUUAUCUUUUCUUUUUUUUUUUUUCGAAUGUAAAGGCACAGGACAAGACAGUAUACUUCACAGUAGUGCAGUGAAUGUCAAACACACAUUUCAUUGAAUGAGGCUAGUUUAAACUGAGCACUUUUUACUUGUGUUUUACUUCACAAGUAAAACACAAGUAGUUUUACUUGUUUACAUUUGAGAAAGAGUAGCAGUGGAAUACUGUAUUCCACUGUAUGUGUAAGUAUUGUAUGUAUUUUUCCUCAGUUAAAUUUAAUCUUGGCAGUGUUUUCUAUGAAAAAAUGCCUGUAGUUUGGUUUUUUUUAUGGUUUUACUGUGUCAAAAAAUCUUUCAACACAUCAGCAUUUUUACAAGUAUACAAAAUGUCUAUUAUGAGACUGUGUGGUAAACAGAGUGCAAAUAGUUGGCUCCUUUCUGAGAUAUGUCAUUCCUAUUGAUUGUCAGCUGUAGCCACUCCAGUAUUUACAAUGUUCAGCCUUGCUUGUAGUUAAAAAAAACAAAACUAAAAAAAACAUCCAAAUUUUUGGGAAAAGCCACCGAAUUCCAGAAGUUUUUGUCUAUUUUGAGCUUCCCAAGCUUUUUUUUUUUUUUUUUUUAAACAUUGGUUUACCUUGAAGGUUUCCUCCAGGGAAGCUGAAACAGAAAGUACUCGUGCUUUAGCCACAAAGACUGUCAGCAGACAGAUAUGGGUUUUGUACAUGGAAUUGCAUACAUUACCUUAAUUAUUUCAUACCACUAUUAUUGGUGUGUGUCAGUAAUAGAGCUAUACACUGUGGAAACCAUAGUCUAUUUUGUCCUCAAUGUACCUGAAAUGAUGAAGUGUUAAACUUUAUCUUGCUGCUGCGUGAAUACGUCUAAGAACAAAAGCCUAUUUGCGACAGACAUGUAAACGGAGGUGUAAUCGUCAAGAGUCUUUGACCUAUGUUUUA